AUGGGUGUCGGUGGAAAGAGUUUGGUGUUAGUUACAGGUACGUUAUGAUAAUUAUGUAAAGUAAGGUGUUUAAUAGGAAGAAAAGCAGAAAUUAGAUACAUGUCAUUUUUUUAUACUUGAUUUUAAAUAUAGAAGUUAACUAAAAAAUAUUAUAAGAAGUUAAAAUUAUAUUGAGUUAAAGGUGCGAGCAGAGGAAUCGGAAAGGAAGUAGCUAUUCAGCUUGCCGAUUGUGUAGAUGAAGGAUCAGUGUUCGUUUUGACAGCGAGGAAAAGAGAAUCUGUUCGUGAUACCGAGAAAGCCGUUAAUAAGUAUGGACUAGCUUUACAUUAUAGUCAAAGCGAGUAAAAAUAUGUAAAAUAUAGUCUUUCAAAUGAUAUUACUUUUUACAGCAACGGCAAGUUUAAAGUGCACAAUAUUGGUCAUGACUUUUUCUCGAGAGAUGACUUUCCAUUGGACGUCAUAACUAAAGCAUUAAGUGUUGUGGAUUCUGUAGUCCUUAUUCAUAACGCUGGAACGGUUGGAGAUGUAACUCAUCCUGCUGAUGAGUUAACUGAUCCUUCAGACUGGAAUGAUUACUUACACACCAAUCUUGUUUCGACCAUCGUACUCAACAACCGGAUUCUGGAGCAAGUUAAACAGCACACUAAUGUGAAGCAGGUCACCGUUGUCAAUGUGACGUCUCUUUUGGCGGUGAAAGCGUUCCCUUGUUUUACGCAGUAUUCAGUAUCGAAGACAGCACGAGAGGCCUACUUCAGGUCGCUGGCUUUGGAGCGUCCGGACAUUAGAGUACUCAACUAUUCCCCUGGACCUGUCGACACUGAUAUGAGGACUGACAUCGCGAAGCGGUAAGCCAAUAUUCUAUUUUACAUAACUUGAACUUAAGUAAUGUGGGUUCUAAUAACUUGUAGUAUAUUGUAAUGUGUCGUGUGGUUUUUUAGAAGCUACUCUGCUGAAAUAAGAUCAGCAUUUUCCUCAAAGGACAGUAUGGAAAUCUCCAAAAGCGUAGUCACAACGAAGGAGACAACAUCAAAACUGAUUUCCAUUUUGAAAUCGGAUACCUUUGAAAAUGGUGGAAGGGUGGACUACUUUGACUAA